AUGGCAGCAGCUUUAUCUUUAUCAAAUCUUUUGCAUCCUACCCCAAAUCACUCUUAUAUGCAACCAAAUUUCACCCAUUUGUACGAUGCAGCUCAUGAUCCUUCUAUGUCAAUGCGUUCUAACGCGUCUGUAGACAGGCAAAAUGCUCCUAGACCUUAUAAAUGUAACAUAUGCCAUAGGGGUUUUUAUAGAUUGGAACAUCAAACUCGUCAUAUUCGUACUCAUACUGGUGAAAAACCUCAUCAUUGUGAUUUUCCUGGUUGUGAAAAACGAUUUUCUAGAUCUGAUGAAUUGACUCGUCAUAAACGUAUUCAUUCAAACACAAAUAAAAAGGAUAAACGGAAACAGCAACAACAAAAAAUGACUGUUGAAUUCAAAAAUAAUGCUUUCCGGUCUCGUAGUAAUAGUAAUAGUUCUAAUGCUAGUUCUUCUAGCACUAGCUCGGCUGGUUCCAUCGAUGGAAAUAAUUCUGCUUUUCAUCCGGUUCAUCAAAUUCAUCAUCCUGUUCAUUUGCCACAUUCAUCUAUUUCCAUCAAUAUUCCUACCAUGGAUUAUCCUCGUGUUCAAGGCAUAAAUAAUCUUGUCGCGCAACAUCCUCCUACAUUGGAUUUCUCUUUGCAUGAUCAUUUCCCAAAAAGAGUUAUUUCUAAUGAUAAUAAUGAAUACAAUAAUUCUUUGAUGAGUCCACCUUUAACUGCCGUUGUUUUUGAUGGUCAGGUGCCUUCACCUCAAAUGUGUAAUGACAAUGGAUCCGAUGAAGAACAUGAUUUCAUACCAACUCCUGUUCAUACACCUAAUAUCAGUCCUGGACCAUCACCAUCUUUGGGUCCUUUGGGCGAUUCUGAUUCUUUCCAUGCCCAAACAACAGUAAAUAAUGCUCUUCUUCCAGGAUUUGGUAGAAUGAGUAUCGAAAAUUAUGAAUGGAAACCCCAAUGUCAUUCUAAUUUUACUAUUAUGACACCCCCCGUAUUAUCGAAUCGUAUCAGUGAUAUAGUUAAUGAUCCGACAUUUUCUCCAAGGGCCAGAGCCUUACCACCACUUACGAACAAUAAUAACACCGUUCCUACUGUUACUUCUACCACUGGUUCAAUCGGUGUUAAUAGUUCCUGUUUUGGAAUAUUCAAUAACAACGCAAAUACUUUCGAUUAUGGUCGUCAAUAUCAAAAUUUACCUCCUUUUAGGUAUUAA